AUUUAUCGUAUUAGAUUUUUUAAUUUUUUUUGAAAGUUAUAAUGUCGGAGAAAUUCUCGCCAACUCUAAGGAUUGGAGAUCUCAAUGACUUUAUCGCACCAUCGCAAGCUUGCAUUGUUUCUCUUAAGGGUCUUAAGGCAAACACUACGACGAAGCAGGAUAAAACAGAGAACCAAGAGAAGGUUGCUCUUCCAAUCAAAUCAUCCCAAACAGAUCCAGUUAAAAUUUCAUUGAAGGAUUGCUUAGCAUGCAGUGGCUGCAUAACAUCCGCGGAGACAGUUAUGCUUGAGAAGCAAAGUUUGGAGGAGUUCCUUUCUAAUCUAGAAUCUGGGAAGGCUGUUCUUGUUUCUCUGUCUCCACAAUCAAGGGCUUCUUUAGCUGUUCAUUUUGGUCUUUCUCCUUCUCAGGUUUUUGGAAAACUCACAACCUUCUUCAAGUCAUUGGGUGUAAAGGCUAUAUUUGAUACAAGCUGCAGUAGAGAUUUAGCACUUGUUGAAGCUUGUAAUGAAUUUAUUACAAGGUUCAGAUAUCAUCAUUUAACUGAUGUUGAAGGACAAAAUUCAUCCCUCCCAAUGAUUUCUUCGGCGUGUCCAGGUUGGGUCUGUUAUGCUGAAAAAACACUUGGAUCUUAUAUUCUGCCCUAUAUUUCCUCCGUGAAGAGCCCCCAACAAGCAAUUGGGGCUACCAUUAAACAUCACAUUUGCAAAAAAAUGGGUUUCAAGCCGGACAAUGUCUACCAUGUGACUGUGAUGCCAUGUUAUGAUAAGAAGCUUGAAGCUGCUAGGGAUGAUUUUGUUUUUUCAGUGGAGCCUCAAGGAGAAGCUGGCCCUGACGAUGCAGGCCUGAGGAUUACAGAGGUAGAUUCAGUUUUGACAACUGGAGAGGUUUUGGAAUUGAUACAGUUAAAAUCUGUGGAUUUCAAGGCCUUGGAAGAGCUUCCUCUAGACAGACUACUAACAAAUGUUGAUGAAGGAGGACAUAUUUAUGGGGUCAAUGGAAGCUCUGGUGGAUAUGCAGAAACAAUUUUUCGCCAUGCUGCUAAAGUGCUCUUUCAAAAAGAAAUUGAAGGUCCUCUUGACUUCAAAACAGUGCGCAAUUCAGAUUUUCGAGAAGUGAAUCUAGAAGUGGAAGGGAAAACAGUGCUGAAAUUUGCACUUUGUUAUGGCUUCCGGAACCUGCAAAAUAUUGUGAGAAAAAUUAAAAUUGGGAAGUGUGAUUAUCACUUUUUGGAGGUCAUGGCAUGUCCGUCUGGUUGUUUGAAUGGUGGAGGUCAAAUCAAACCAAGGGCUGGCCAAUCUGCCAAGGAUUUAAUUCAGUCGUUAGAAAAAGUAUACAUGGAAAAUAUUUUGAUUGCCAAUCCUUUUGAAAAUCCCCUGAUAAAGAGCUUAUAUGAGGAGUGGCUAGGCGAACCUGGUUCAGAGAAAGCAGUGAGGCAUAUACACACAGCAUACCAUCCUCUGGUGAAAAGCAUUACUGCUGAACUGCACAACUGGUGAGAAUUUUUUGUUGCCUCCAAUUGCUGUUCAAGUUGGUGGUUUCACCACAUGGUCUUAGCCCGUGCAUUCUCUAGAAAGCCGUUCAGUUGUACGGUGUGAUCCGUUACUAUAAUAUCCAUGCCUUCCCAUUGUGUGGAGGUAGAGGAUCCAGUUUUGAGAGAGGAAGUGAUCGUGUGCAUGUAUGCUUGUAGAUGUCUUUUUUGCUUCUCAUGUAUAUACCACGCCCUAACAUUAUAUUCUCUUUCCCUUUUUUUAUCUUUCAACCCUCGAUGAUCAAAUUUUUUUUUAGAUACUAUACAGGGAUCUGCAUGUAUACAUAAUGGUGAAUCUAGAUUAUACACAUCAUCUGGGUGCAUAAGAUGUAAUUAUUUGCUUCAAGGAUGUAAUCCAUUCCUUUGCUACUGUGUAGCUUUCA